UUAAUCUCCCACGAUUCAAAUCAGGCAAAAUUAUUUUUGAAUUAUCAAUCAGUGAUUUUGUAUAGUGGUUGCCUUAGUUACAAAUGAUGCAGUAUAUAAAAAUUAUACCACCAUGAGGGAGUCAUUUAUGUCAGUGAAGCACCUACGACAAAGAUGAAAACGUUUUUUCUUAUCGUUGUCGGAAUAGCAGUAGUAAAGGCUAGCAUCUUUGAGAGAGACCCCUUAAAGACUAGACUGAACGUUGGUGAAUUGGAGGGGUUUCAGACGGCGUCAGCCAUGUAUGGACUUGCAUCGACUGAUGAAAACGAAAUGAAGGCACUGCUGAACACAAUACCUACAAAAGAUAAAGCAGCAUAUAUUCAGGAAAUGAAGAAAGAAUUGAAUGAAAUUGGAGGACUUUUCUCUAAGUUACGAGGAGUUGACUGGAGUAAAGAAAACGCAAUGUGUGAUGACGUUUUGAAGGAUGAAAGACAGCUCCUGAAAGAAUUCUAUAAACUGAUGGCUAUGUUGCCCCAUGACGAACAACCACUCGCUUCAGCUGCAUGUUUCGCUGGUUUACAGUCAAUAAAUUAUGAUAAUCCAAAUGAGCUAGAGGUCCAAAAAGAAGUUUUCGAUAAAGUUGAUGGAUGUGAGGAAGAAUUUUUCAAAGCAAUACGAGAUAGAAUUGAAGGCACUUCUCUCAAUCUUGAAGAUGCUGAUCAGGUUCUAAACUUAUUGCGAGAAAUAGCUGCGUCAAUGAGUGCUGUAGGCGAGACAGUUGCAUUUUCGUGGAACGUUUUCUCGAAGAUAUUAGGUCCACAGUAUACUAAAGGACAUCUAAAGGAAGCAGUUCAAAAUGCAGCACGUGACGUACGAUGUCGACUAUUCUUCAUUAGGGAAAAAGGUUGGGACAACGAUGAUUUUGGUGAACAAUGCGAUAUGCAACCUGGUACAAACAGUAAUCCAAGUUCUGGUAGCUCUCCUGAUGAUCAAAGUCCAGUUGAUACUCAAAGUCCAACCGCUACUAGAAAACGCGGGAAACAGAUGACCCAGAAAGCAUUUCUACCAUUUGUUAGAAAAACGUCAAACUCUCUAGCAACAAGGAUAGUACAAGGCAAAACAAAUGACAUGGCAAUAAAUCAGAGGCUUAGAAAUAUCCUUCAACGUCUCACGAAUGAAGGACCUGGUUUCCCCCUAUCACGCUAAUUUUAUGGAUAAAACACUGCAGGAUUUACGAUUACAACAGAUACGUUAACAAUUUUGAGUUUCUGAUCUCUGUUUAUUUUAUCUCUGUUUAAUCUAUUUUUUUCUCUAUACGCAAUAUUCGUUCCUUUAAUACAUCAAUGUAGUAAUACAUCUUUCAUUAGUAAACUGCUUAUACGCA